AUGAGCAGUGCAGGUAAUGUAGUCAGUGCGCUCAAAAGUAACAGCAGCAGUAGGGGCGAUGUGACCAUGGAGAGUAGCAAAGGGGAUGAAGUGGAUCAACCAACGGAAAAUGAAAAGGAAAAACCCAGCAGGAGUAAUGAAGAUGCCCUGUUUCAUAUCAAGGAUGGCUUGUCCCAGUUAGAAAAAACGCUGAGCGGAGACGGGUACGCCUUCAGCAAAUUAACCUGUAAAAAUAAAAAUUUGAAUUGCAUCCCAAAGGAAAUAGAAAAAUAUAAACAUCUCAAAUAUAUAAAUAUGUCUCAUAACAAAAUAGAGGAUAUAGACAAGCUGUACAAUCUGAGCAAUGUCGUUUUUUUAGAUAUGUCUAAUAAUAUGAUCAAGGCGAUAAAAAAAGUGGCAAGCGAUUGCUUAAAAAAUUGUGUCUACAUGAAUUUAUCUCACAAUUUAAUUAAAAAGGUGGAAGACAUAAAAAUGGAAAACCUAAUAGAACUCGACUUAUCUCACAAUAACAUAGAAAGUAUGAACAUCAGUCUGUCUAGUAGUGUAAAAAAAUUAAACCUCUCAAAUAAUAAUAUAAAAACAUUAGCUCUUAAAAAUCAGCUAGCCAAUUUGGAGUUCAUAGACCUUUCAUCCAACCCUAUCGAAAAUAUAGAAUUUAGCGAAAUCUCUCCCAACAUAAAUUACCUUAAAAUUAACAACAACAGUACCAUGCCUAUGAGUCAGCUGAGUAACCUGAACAACUUCAAGCAACUGCACCACCUCGACAUGGACAAUUAUCUGCAUUUUAAGGAUAUAUCGUAUAAGGAGAUUAAGCAAAUUUUGGAGGCAAACACAAAGGAUAUUGACCUGCAGAAGUUCAAUGGAAACCGGAUAGACAGGCAAGGCGCCGCCGGGCUCACAAAAAAAAAACCUGCCCAGUAG